UGAAAAAGAACGGUCGAAAUCCACCGCGCGGGCACGGGGCACGAGACCAACCACGCAUUCUAGCGCCACCGAACAAGCUGCAACAGCAGCAGCGUGGCAACGCCACGUGUCUCGUGGGCCCCAACCCCCGUACUCACUCGCUCUCACUGACACGUAUGGCCCACGACGCGCAAAAGCGCCAACGUGGGGGGCCCACCCCCAGACGCUGCCGUCACGCGACGACCCCAUAAAUAAAAACAUCUCGUCGCCGCCGUCGUCCGCCCCAGAGGCUGCGGCUUCACUAGAGAGAGAUGGUGAACGGCGAGCCUCUCUGGCACGGCGUCCGCCAUGGCGGCGGCGGCGGCGACGCUAGGAAGCAGCACCACCACCACCACCAGCUCAGUCACGGCUUCGGCGCCAAGGAUGCCUCUGCGUCCUCGCCGUGGUCGUCGUCCGACGGCCUGUGGACCGACGGCCUCGUCUGCGCCUUCGAGUUCGUGCGCGGCGGCGGCGGCGCCCAUGGCUUCGUUACCCCGGCCAACUUGUGCCGGAGCAAGUGCUGCUCCUUGCUGCAGUCCAAGGACCUCGCCGUCCAGGACCGCAGGAGAUCACUCGCGGCCAAGAUCGGAGACAACGGCGACGAACCGAGGCCGCCGACAGUGGCGCCGGCGGAGAGCUUGUGGGCGCCGAUCGGGUGGAGGAGGAUCACGCAGCUGGUGGGGAUGGUGGGAGGGGACGCCGCGGCGUGGCACGACGACGGGCAGAGCAUGAGCCUCAUGGAGCACGACGGCGGCGGCGACGAGCAGUGCGACGACAUCACCGUCGCCGACGUCGCCGCGCCGUACUGGCAGAGGGCGGCGGGGCCCACCUGGUGGUGCCACGUGGCGGCGGGGCACCCGGCGGUGGACGCGUGGCUGGCCGCCGCGCGGUGGCUCCACCCGGCGAUCUGCGUGGCGCUCAGGGACGAGAGCGUGCUCAUCAGUGAGAAGAUGAAGCAUCUGCUCUACGAGGUCCCUGUAAGAGUUGCAGGAGGCUUGCUAUUUGAACUGUUGGGGCAGUCGGUUGGUGAUCCAGCUCGUGACGAAGAAGACAUUCCAAUUGUGCUCCGUGCUUGGCAAGCUCAAAAUUUUCUGAUAACUGCACUUCACGUGAAGGGAUCUGCACCAAACGUUAACGUCAUUGGAGUUACUGAAGUUCAGGAGCUUCUUUCUGCCUGUGGAAGUACAGGUACAGCUCCUAAAAAUAUUCAGGAAGUUAUAGCACAUUUGGCUUCACGGCUUGCCCGAUGGGAUGACAGAUUGUGGCGUAAAUAUGUCUUCGGUGCCGCUGAUGAAAUAGAACUUAAAUUUGUAAACAGGCGAAAGCAAGAAGAUUUGAAACUGUUGUGCAUGAUAUUUAACCAAGACAUUAGAAGAUUGGCCACUCAGGUUAUCAGAGUGAAAUGGUCACUGCAUGCUAGGGAGGAGAUAAUUUUUGAGCUGCUGAAGUAUCUAGGAGGCAGCACCACAAAAUCAUUACUUGAAGCGAUAAAGAAAGACGCAAGACAAAUGAUUGAAGAGCAGGAGGCAGUUCGUGGCCGGCUCUUCACCAUCCAAGAUGUGAUGCAGAGCACCCUCCGUGCUUGGUCACAGGAGAAGAGCCUUCGCAUUACGCAUAACCUGACAAUUUUCGGUGGGUGUGGCUUGGUUCUGUCCAUCAUCGCCGGAUUGUUCGGAAUCAAUGUUGAUGGGAUACCAGGAGCUGAGAACACUCCCUACGCUUUCGCGCUAUUCUCCGCGCUGCUUUUCUUGGUAGGACUCCUGCUGAUCAUCGUGGGGAUAGUCUAUUUCGGACUGCAGAAGCCGAUCAGCGAUGAGCAGGUCCAGGUGAGGAAGUUAGAGCUCCAGGAACUGGUCUCGAUGUUCCAGCACGAAGCCGAGACACACGCCAGGGUGAAAGAAGGGGUCUUGAGGACUGACUUGCCUCCCAGAGCUGCCGAUCUCAUAUGUGAUGAUAAUGGUGAUUCACGUCUCCUUGUUUGUGACUGUUGAAGUUGAAAUAGCCAAUAGGUCUAGCUGCUUUGGGUCUUCAGUUUUUUUUCCCUGUUUUUAGCUUCAUUUCCGUUUUGCAUGGUCGAGCACGAUCUGGGCUCUCUCGCCUUCCCGGAUCUUGCGCAGUUAAGCCGGACUCUCGUCGCGCGCUUAUGUAGGAGUCCACUACAUUUUCAGUUGUAAUUCCCUUAUUAGUAGUCCAAUGAAAUAAUCAGAAAAAGCUGCAGCUUCGCAGCACCAAAAAAA